AUGGCUUCUGCUUCUUCCGCGGCCAGCAAGCGCAAGAGAGCUGGCGUCGCCUCUCCCGAGACUUCCGAGAGUGCGGCCCAGGCAAUCACCACUGAACAAACCCCCCAGACUCAGAACGGUGGCCCUCAGGCUAAGCGACAGCGGGCUAACUCGGGACGAGCUGUCAACACGCUCACUGACGAGGACAACGCCGACUCUGACGAGGAAGAGGUUGAGCUUAUGGGCCCUCCUCCAAUCGGCGAAAUCGUCCACCCUGCCGGUGGUUACCGAACCAACUCGCCUCCCGUUGGCCGAGCCGUUCGCGUCUAUGCCGAUGGCGUUUUCGAUCUCUUCCAUGUUGGUCACAUGCGCCAGCUCGAGCAGGCCAAGAAAGCCUUCCCCAACACGACCCUCGUAUGCGGCGUCACCGGCGACGUCGAGACGCACAACCGCAAGGGUCUCACCGUCAUGUCGGCCAAGGAGCGCGCCGAGUCCCUUCGUCACUGCAAAUGGGUGGACGAAGUGAUUGAGGACUGCCCUUGGAUCGUCACGCGCGAAUUCCUUGAGGAGCACCGCCUCGACUACGUGGCCCACGAUGACCUGCCCUACGGCGCCGAUGAAGGCGACGACAUCUACCAGCCUAUAAAGGAGGCGGGCAAGUUCCUUGUCACUCAGCGCACUGAGGGCGUCAGCACCACCGGCCUCAUUACCCGCAUCGUUCGCGACUACGAAAAGUACAUUAGCCGCCAGUUUAAGCGUGGCACCUCGCGCCAGGAGCUCAACGUCAGCUGGCUCAAGAAGAACGAGCUCGAUAUCAAGCGCCAUGUUCAGGAGCUCCGUGAUAAUAUCACCAACAACUGGACCAGCACCGGCCAAGAGCUCAGCCGUGAGCUGCGCCAGUUCUGGCCCACCAGCCGCCCGCAGAGCCCGGCCCGCUUCGCGCAGAGCUCCAGCGACCUCGCCCGGUCCCCCACGACCCCCGGCGGCUCUAACUCCAAGGAGUUUGUCACCGGAUACGCCCUCGGUCUCGUCGGCGGCGUCCGCUCCUGGAUGACCAAGAACCGCCGCACCGUGCGCGAUGCCAGGCCGGCCAGCGAUGACGACUCGGAGGAGAGCGACGAGCAGGCCGCUGACCGCGGGCGCAAGACUUCCCAAAGCCACAUUGUCUCUCCCACACCAACCAAGGCCUCUGCCUCUAAAGCCUAA